AACGUUGCUUCCAGUUAAUCUUUUUAAUAGUUACUCACCCCUAAUAUGAUUGGUAUUGUUUUUUUGUUUUUUAUUCUAGAAAACUUAUUAUACCAUCGAGUUCAAAGUAAUACAAUAACUCAUACAAUCCCUGCCUAAUUAGAUUCGUUCGAUUUGUGUAAAUCCUUUCUUUCGUCUGAUUACUGAAUUGAGGCCAUUCUAACUCCGCCCGCCUGCCACUUCCCGGAAAUCAAACCACGCGCUCCUCGAUUGCCUCUCCAAAGUAGCUUGCCUUUGCGUAAUAGCGGGCCAACACUAGCUACCUUGCUAAUCAAGCUACCUUUGUGUUAGAAAGGACUUUACGCUUUGAAACACAGAUUUAGACGCUUUGACCGUUUCACACAAGAGCCACUUCGGGGUCGCUUCGAUUUAGACCCACGAUGUCCUUUCCCCCACAUUUGAACCGGCCGCUGUUACCGCCUCCUGGGAUACCCCCUCAGUAUGCUGGCUUCCCUCCAGGAGCGCCAAUGAUCCCAGUACACAUGGGCAUCAUGACCCCCAGCCCUGUCAUAGUGUCAUCUAUGCCUGUGGUCAGCAAACCUCCAGUCCAUAGGAAGGAUGCUCUUCUGCGAAUUAAAGAUGAAGAGGCUGGCCCCACCACCACAGUGUUUGUAGGCAACAUUUCCGAAAAAGCCUCGGACAUGCUGAUUCGACAGUUACUAGCGAAGUGUGGAAUAGUCUUGAGCUGGAAACGAGUUCAGGGAGCCUCAGGCAAGCUACAAGCAUUCGGGUUUUGUGAGUACAAAGAACCGGAGUCCACACUUCGUGCUCUGCGGCUGCUUCAUGACCUGCGCAUUGGUGACAAAAAUCUUCUUGUGAAAGUGGAUCCUAAAACAGAAGCACAACUAGAUGAGUGGAAGGCCAAGAAGAAGAGUGCUAAUGGGAAAGUGGAAUCUGAUAAUGGAGACGAUCAAGAGGAGGUUCUUGAUGAGGAGACCAAGAAGAAGGAUCAAGUGGUUCAAGGUGCUAUUGACGGAUUAAUGCGGGAAUACGCUGACGAGCUCAGUGCACCUUUACAGGACGAAGACGCCCUGCGACGAAAGAGAAAAAAGGAUAAAAAAGAUGAGGAUGACCUGAACGCAAUCGAUAUGGAGGAUGACAAGAGAGACCUGAUUACCAGAGAGAUUAGUAAAUUCCGAGACACUCACAUGAAAAGGGAGGAGGAGAAGGAACAACGGGAGAAGGAGCGUCUGGAGUUUGAGCGGGAGAAGCGUGAGCGGGAAAAGGAACGUGAGCGCGAAAGAGAGAAGCGGGACCGCGAAAAGGAGAAGGAACGCGAGAGGGAACGGGAAAGGGAACGAGAGCGAGAUCGGGAAAGAGACAAAGACCGGGAGCGCCGGACCAGAGAGCGAGACUGGGAUAGGGACAGAAGCCGAGAUACGAAUUCUGCUCGCAGUCGCUCCAGGGAUUUGAGCCGGGAUCGAGAGCGAGAAAAGAAACGAGACCUUGAAGAUGAAGACGAAGUGAAUGAACGCAGGAUGCUAGAAAGGAAGCUGCGAGACAAAGAAGCAGCCUAUCAAGAGCGCCUCAAAAGCUGGGAGCUUAGAGAAAGGAAGAAAGCACGAGACUAUAGCAAAGAGGUCGAGAGAGAGGAUGAACGCCGACGAGAGAUGAUGAAGGAAGGAAAACGGCUAAAAGAAUUCUUGGAAGACUACGAUGAUGAUAGAGAUGACCCCAAAUAUUACAGGGGCAGCGCCCUGCAGAAGCGCCUCAGAGACAGAGAGAGGGAGGUGGAGGCGGAUGAGCGUGACAGGAAGAGGGAGAAGGAGGAGCUGGAAAAAAUCCGACAGAGGCUGUUAGACGAGGGACAUCCAGACCCAGACGCCGAGCUGCGCAGGAUGGAGGAGGAAGAGGAGGAGCGAAUGAGACGGCCUCCCGUCGUCCAAGAGCCGGAGCCUGAGGAGCCGCGCCACAGGGCGCCCCCACGGGACCGCCGAGGGGACCACCGCGGGGACCAACGCGACUACAGAGAGAACCACAGCGCUCACCAAGAAAGGCUAGAGCAUCGGCCGCACCCCGCCCGCUCGGAGGACGAAGAGGUUGAGGAGGGCGAAGAUGACGAUUACGGCGAAGAGGAAGACCCGGAAGUCAAACCCUGCCUCAAGCCCACCAUGAGGCCCAUCACGGCAGCGCCGUCAGUGUCGUCGGCCAGCGGCGACGCCUCGCCCGACGUGCCGGGUGACGAGUCGCCGUGCGGCAUCAUCAUCCCCCACGAAAACUCGCCCCUCAAUGCGCUGCCUCCGGAUGAGAACAGACCAAAGAUCGGACUGAGCCUUAAAAUGGGCGCAAGCGGAAGUCCAAGUCAGCCCAACGCAGGCAAGAGGAAGAAGCUCCCCGUCGAUAGCGUCUUCGGCAAAUUUGAUGAGGAGGAGGCGGACGAGCAGCCGCGCAAGAGGAAGCUCGUACCGCUUGACUACGACGAGGAGAAGAGCCUCGGGUCGGAUGGCGCUAAAGGGCCCAACUCGGAGGAGAAGCGCAAACACAUUAAAAGCCUCAUUGAAAAGAUUCCCACAGCCAAACCCGACCUGUUUUCCUAUCCUUUAGAUUGGUCCAUGGUGGACACGACGUUAAUGGAACGGCGUGUGCGGCCGUGGAUCAAUAAAAAGAUUAUAGAGUACAUCGGAGAAGAGGAGCCCACAUUGGUGGACUUUGUCUGCUCCAAGGUCAUGGCUCAUGGUACCCCACAGGGCAUUUUGGAUGACGUCGCUAUGGUUCUUGAUGAAGAGGCUGAAGUCUUCAUAGUAAAGAUGUGGCGGUUGCUCAUCUAUGAAACAGAAGCCAAGAAGAUUGGCCUUGUGAAAUAAGUACAAAUAAAGAUUUUAAUGUAUAAUAGAUUUAGGAAGUUCUGUCAAUUACCCUUAAACAUAGCAACUUGUCCUUACCUGCUGCUUUGUUGUAAAUAUUGUCAUUGGUAAAUUUUUCUUCCAGGAACAUUUUGGUUUUAAUAGCUUACUUGAACUUCUUGUGGGGACGUUAAUUGAGCAGGGUUGCCUUUAACAUGUCAUUUGAAUGUGGGUUGCUUCAACUUCACACCCUCAGCCCAAAUUAUUUUUCAGGUUUUGGAGACGUUUCGAUUCCAUGAUUUUGCCUGAAUAUAUUAAUACCACUACAGGACAAAUGUUAAGAUACUUUGUGUUGUUUUGUUUUUGUAUUGUU